GCUCGGCCUUUGCGCGCUCCCGGGCCGCUGGGGGUUUCCGCUCGCUCCGCAUUAUCCUGCUCGCUCGCUGCUUUUACUUUCGACCCCGGAAAAGCCCGUUUAUUACUAUUGCUACUAUUUCUAUCAUUAUUGAUUGUUAAUGAUUAUUCAUUGUUUGUGUUAAUUCGACCGUGUUGAGGAUUAACUUUUCAGCUUCCGCCUUUGCAAACCUCUACACCACAGGUCACCAUGCCAAUAGAGAGAAUGCGGAUGCGGCCAUGGCUGGAGGAACAGAUCAACUCAAAUGAAAUUCCAGGACUUAAGUGGAUUGACAAGGAGAAGAAGAUCUUCCAGAUCCCCUGGAUGCAUGCAGCCCGUCAUGGCUGGGAUGUGGAGAAGGAUGCCCCGUUGUUUAGAAAAUGGGCUGUUCACACAGGCAAAUAUCAACCUGGGGUGGACAAGCCGGACCCGAAGACCUGGAAAGCAAAUUUCCGCUGCGCCAUGAACUCCUUGCCAGACAUAGAGGAGGUGAAAGACAAGAGCAUGAAAAAAGGAACCAACGCUUUCAGGGUGUACAAGAUACUGGUGUCCUCAGAGCGGCACAGCAGGAAAGGUAAGAAAAAGGCUGAAAAGGAAGAGAAAGGAAAGAUCAGUCUCCAGGGUUCAUGGAGCCAACCAGUGAAAGCUGGUCAUGCAGGUGCCCAGGUGUUCAAGGAGGGCAGUGUGGUAGACAGCACAGUAUUGACAGAUCCCUCCCGGCACCCGCCUCACAGCCCAGAAGUCGAGCACCUGGCCUUCAGUGAGCUACCAGAUGUUGGUCAGACCAUUGAAGUGAUCACCGAGGACGAGGAGCAGUCUGUCAGCUCCAGUCACCCCUACCCCCUGCAGAUCUCCCCCAUCUCUUCAUGCACAGCUUGUUUGCCAGGAAAAACCACAGUGUUUCACUCUUCCGCCACUUCCCCCACAGAAAGCGAUACAGACAGCAUCCACGGCGAAGAGAAUGGCAAGAAGGGCCUGUGUGACACAUGGGGCCUGAGCCUGCCAGAGGGGAAACCUCUCUUUAGCAACCCCAGGACAACGCCGCCCACCUGCCCGCUGCCCAGCAUGGCUACUUUCGUCACCUCAGGGAAGGCUGGCUUUUCAGUGACUAGCAGCAGGGAGGCGUCCCUGUUGAGCCCCUACACCACUUGGAACUACCAGGCCUUUGAAGCCGUUCCUUUUCCCAGCACCUCAGACCAGGCUCCUGCCCACGAAGCCCGAGCCAGCGUGAUCAUGAAGACCUCGGACGCCUCGAAGUCCACAGUCAAGUCGUGCUGAUCCAGGGACAGCUCCCAACCUGGCUGGACUGAGAAGGCUUUGAGGUCUUCUGGCUCCAACAUGGACAAACACACUGGAUCUGGAGUGGGCAAAAUAUUUCGAGGGCCAUCUCAAGCAGCACAGAUCCCCAGGACUGUAAAUGAUGUGCUUCAUUUAUAUUUCAUGCCGUGUAAAUAAUCCUUAUGCUCUCCACUGUCUUCUCUGAAUUUUACAGCACGAUCAUGGGCAUACAUUUGGAGCAGUGCAGGAUCUCACCCCACAUUGCUGAGGAACUGUCAGAUGAUUCCUUUUAAACCUUACCACUCUGAACUUAAAAUGAAAUGUGAGUUGUCAAAUCCACUUCUGCUGUAUGUUUUGCUGGAGGCAACGGCCUUGUGAGGGUCUCUGGGUCUCCUAAUGAGAGUUACUCCGAAGACCCAGAAAUUUUAGUGUCUCCUCUGUGGGACACUUUUGACUUCAGUGCUUUCUGAUGUUGUAGCAUGGCUGUCGAGCCACAGCAGACGUUUUCCUAAUAAAGGCCUUCUCUAUCAAGCUUUUGUAGCCUUUAUUAAGGUUAAUUUAAGUAUGCACUUGUUUAUGUGAACAUUUUUAAAUGACUUUUUAUACUGUACAUGUGGCAAAAUCUUUAACUGUGUUAAUCAUGAAUAUAAAUUUGCAGAAUUUUUAUAUGUUUGUGCUCAUAUACUUGGAC